GUUUGCAGAAAGCCACUGGGUCCCUUCAGUCGCAGCCUGAGCGUUUCCCUGAGCGGCAGAGUCUGAGGGAGAAAGCAGCAGCAGCACCAAGACGAGGAGGACGAGGAAGAAGCGCUGCUGCUGGGACAUCUUUUUCCUUGCUCUCCUCACGGGCGGGAAGCCUCUGGGCCAAGCAAACAACAAUAAUAACAACAACAAAGCCGGAGGGAAACCCAGCCUCCUAAGCGGCGGCAAAAGCCGCAGCAGCAGCAGGAGAAGCCGCAGUUUCUUUCCACCAUGGGAGCCGGCAGCUCGGCAGAGCAGGCGGGCGCCCAGGACGGGGCCAGUGCCGCAGAAGAGCAGACCCCUCUGCAGCAGCAGGAGCAGGACCCCGAGGGGCAGGCAGGGGAGGCGGAGGGGCCCGAGGCGGAGGAGCAGCAGCAGCAGGACCCCGCCAAGGCUUUACAGAAGAAUGGGCAGAUAUCCAGUCUAAAUAGCAUUGCAGAAGAGCAAGUGGACCUCAGCCUCAAGCCAGAUGAGCUGAAUGGACAGCAGGCAGAAGUCAUCAUAACAGAUGUUGGACAAAGAGAAACUGCAAAUGUAAUUCUGAAAGAGGAGUCUCUUGAAAAUAUGGAGGCCAGACCACCAGAAUCAACUAAUAAUAUAAAUGGAGAUGAUGAUCAGAAGGAUGUUGAUAAACAAUCUCCAUCAGUAGAACAAGAAGAACAGGAACAACCUGGUGAAUCUCCAUCAAAUGAUGUUGGAUUUAAAAAAGUCAUUAAGUUAGUUGGUUUCAAGUUUACUGUUAGAAAGGACAAGACUGAGAAAGUAGAGCCUGUUCAGUUGUUGAAUGUAAAAGUAGAUGAUACAGAAGUGGCAUCAGAUGGAUCUGGUGAUCGUAAAGAAGUCAAGAAAGAAACAAUGGAGGAAACAGCACAAACUGAGGUGCCUUGCUCUAUACAAAAGACUGAACAAGAAACUCAGACUGAUAAAAUGAAAGAAGAAUCUUCUCUUGAAAAGGAAACAGAAAGCUCUAUUGAAGCAGGAAGCCAGGAUGCAGAAACUAAAAAUGAUGAGAGCAAGUCUCCAACUAGUCCUUUGACUAGCGAAACAUCAUCACCUUUAAAAAAGUUCUUUACCCAGGGUUGGGCUGGCUUUAGGAAAAGAACAAGCUUUAGGAAACCUAAAGAAGAAGAACAACAGGCUCUUGAUAAAGACAAGCAAGAACCAGAAAGAGAAGUAACCAAAGAAGAAGAGGCUAUCAAAGAAGAAUUAGAAGAAGAGAAACCCAUACCAGAAAAAACCCAGGCAGAUGUAUCCGUAGAAGAAGAACAACAGGCUCUUGAUAAAGAAAAGCAAGAACCAGAAAGAGAAGUAACCAAAGAAGAAGAGGCUAUCAAAGAAGAAUUAGAAGAAGAGAAACCCAUACCAGAAAAAGCCCAGGCAGAUGUAUCCGUAGAAGAAGAACAACAGGCUCUUGAUAAAGAAAAGCAAGAACCAGAAAGAGAAGUAACCAAAGAAGAAGAGGCUAUCAAAGAAGAAUUAGAAGAAGAGAAACCCAUACCAGAAAAAGCCCAGGCAGAUGUAUCAGUAGAAGGCAGUGAUAAGAAAGCAGAAGAAAACAAAGAAAAGGAAGGCAAGGAAAUGAUAGAUGUAACAGCAGAAACAGAUCAGAAAGAAAUUGCAAUUCCCCAUGAACAGUUAUCAAUGCAAGAGUCUGCUGAAGAAGUAGAUGAAAAAUCAGAGAUGAAUUUGAAUGAGAAAGAUGACCUGGACUUAAAGGAAAAAACAGAUCCAGGGCAAGAGAGUCUAAUAGUUAUGAAGCAAAUCACUCUGGAAUCAUUUGAGGAAAAAAUUGAACCACCACAUCCUUCAGAAAAUGAUCAAUCUGAUCAAGCUACUAUAAUUACAACAGAGCAACAUACAGAACAAGUUGAAGAAACAGUUGAAGAAGGCAAACCUGAACCAAAACCACCUCUUGCAACAGAAAUUGCUGAUGAAGAACCUGUAGAGGUUAACAUUGAUCUUAGUACUAUUGUGAAAAAGGAUGAACCAAAAACAGUUCUUGAACAAUCAGUUGAAUCAGAUGCUGAGAUCCAAAGAAGUCAACCCACUGAUGAACAGAUAAAAGACAAAGAAACUGUGCCUGAAACUGUGAAUGAACAGCUAAAGCAAACAGAACCAAGUGUUGUAAGUUCUAAAUCUCCAGAAGGUAUCAAAAAUGAAGUUGAAUUGAUUUCAUCUCAGGAAAAAGCCAAGAUGCAAGGUAGCCCAUUAAAAAAGCUUUUUUCAAGUUCUGGCUUGAAGAAGCUGUCAGUAAAGAAACAUCAUAAAGGAAAAAAAGAAGAGGCCAAGUCAGGUGAAGCAGCAGAACAAACACAGCAAUUCUCUGAUUCUGCAGAGAGCCCAGAAGAUCCAAGGGCAGAAAGCUCUGCUUCUUCCCCUGAAGAAGCAAUAGAAUCUAUAGAAAAAGGUGCAGAGGCAUCACAAGUCACUGAAACUGAAGAGGUUUCUAUCCCAAAUAUUGAGAAAAGAAGAGAAAGUAUUACAGCUUGGGCUUCUUUUAAAAAAAUGGUGACUCCCAAAAAACGAAUCAGAAGGCUUUCGGAAAGUGACAGAGAAGAAGAGCCAGAUAAAGGGAAAAGUGCUACUCUGUCUUCCACUGAAAGUGCGCCUUGUGAAGAACAGGAAGAUAUUAAAGAAAAUGCUGAGGAGCAGAAAUUAGAAAAAAGCACAGAUGAACCCAAGAAAAAAGUUGAUACUUCUGUAUCCUGGGAAGCAUUGAUUUGUGUAGGGUCAUCUAAAAAAAGAACCAGAAAAUCAUCAUCUUCUGAUGAAGAAGUAGGACAAAGACUAGCUGAAGAAGGACAAAAAACAGAUGAAACUGCACCACAUAAGGAGACAACUGGAGACAUAACUUUGACAAGCUCACAGGAAAGUGAUCAAGGACAAGGAGGUUCCUCACCAGAACUAGCCGGAAGCCCAUCUGAAGGUGAAGGAGUUUCCACAUGGGAAUCCUUUAAAAGAUUAGUAACUGCAAGAAGAAAAUCUAAAAUAAAGAUAGAAGAAAGAAAUGAAGACUCUGCUAUAGCUCAAAGCUUAGAAUAUUCUACUUCAGAUGGAGAGUCCGGAAAGGAAGAAUCCUGGGUGUCAUUUAAAAAAUUAAUGCCUAGCCGUAGAAAGAAAAAGUCAGAUGGAAUACCAGAACACAAACCUGUUCAGGGAACUGGAGAAGAAAUUACUGAGACCAAUGAGGAAGACUCUGAUAUUCCAGCUGUUGUUCCUUUAUCAGAAUAUGAAGCUGCCGAGCAAGAGAAAUUUGAAGCCCAAAAGAUAAAUCAAGAGGAUGCAACUGUGAAAGUGUCCGACCAGAAAACGGAAAAGUCAGAAGAUGCUUUAAUAACUGAGCAAUCCAGUGAAGAUCUUGUUCAUGCAGUUACUGUUACAGUAGUAGAAGGGGAAAGAGCAGUUACUAGUAUUGAAGAAAGGUCACCAUCAUGGAUAUCAGCUGCGGUUACAGGUACUAUUGAAUGUACAGAUGAAGUUGAAGGAAAACAAGCUGAGCAAACUGAACCUGUUGAAGAAACUGUGGUAGCCAUAGUUCAAUCUGUGGUGAAAGAUGCAAUGGCUUAUUUGACAACAUGUGUUGAGGAUAUUGUCUCAGAGCAAGAAUCUGUGGUGAAUGAAGUGACUGAAGUUCCUAUUCAGGGAGAGACAAAAAGUGUUCCUAUUUCCUUAGAAUCAAAGAGUUCUGAGGCAUUUAUUAAGCCAGAAAUUAAAAAGGACAUUAGUGGCGACACUAUUAUCAGUGAAUUGGAAUUAACCUCAGAAGCAGUCACAGCUCGAGAAGAAGCUUCAGGUGUUGAAGAAGGACUUGAAGUGUCUUGUGCUGAAGAGACUACUGAAAUGGUUUCAGCAGUUUCAAGGCUAUCUGAGUCUCCUGAUACAACAGAAAUAGCAACACCUGUGCAGGAAGUAGAAGAAAGUCACAAAAACCUAGAGUUGAGUAAACAAACACAGGAAAUUCUUCAAGAAGUUGCUGAAAGAGUUAAAUUGUCUGAAGGAACAGAAGUGAUUAGUAAAAUCACUUCUGAAGUAAUAAUUCAGGCAGCAUCAGUACAGAAAACUGAUCAGGAAAUUACACUUGUCUUUAAAGGAACAGAAUUGAAUGACGAAUCUGAAUGGACUGAUAUCCAGAUUAUUGAAGGCAUAGAAAGUGGUCAAAAGCAAGUUGAAAUUAAAGAAAGUGGUUUGAAGGAAGUGUUGGAGAAGAGUCAUGAAAUGAAUGUGGAACUAAAAAAAGGUUCGGAAGAAAUAAAAACCUUGAAUCAAAUUGAUGAGUGUCAUCAUUCAAAGACUAAAGAAGAAACAUUAGAAAAACCUAGAGAAAUUGCUGAAGACCAGGCAACUGAAGUUAAAUCACAAGAGGAAGAAGAAGAUUUUGUUAUUGUUACAGUAACACCUGAGGAGAAGCCAAAAGCAACAAUUGAAGAUGCAGCUGGAAUGCAACUGGAACAGUCCAAAAAAAGUGAUAGUGUAUGUUCAGCACAGGAAAUCAAAAUGCAUUUGGAAGAAGUAGCACAAAGUAAGGCUACAGAAGAUGUUCCAAAAGUGCAAGAAUUACAAAAAGCAACAUGUGAAGAGAAGCUUAGCUUCUCUCAGAAGCAAGAACAGAUGGCAAGUGUCACACCUGUAUUGGAUGCAGAGCCUAAAGAAAUAACUGAAGAUGACAUAAAAAAGCCUCUUGAACAGAAUGAAGUAAAAGACUCUGAAUUUCUAAUACAGCCUCCACCCGCUGAAAAAGUUGUUCCUGAGGCACCCAUCCAGAGCAAGAUCAUUGAUGUUCCAAUGCAGGAUGAUGAAAGCCAAGUUAGUGAUAUAGGCAUGCCCAAAGCUGCUGCACUUGGCUUAGGAACAGAAAGUACGAAGGAAGUUGGAGUUGAGGCUAGCAUUCAAAACAAAGAAACUGAGGCCUCUGUUGAAAAUGUGGAAAUCGAGACUGAUAUACAGAAAAUAGAUCCUGAGGGUCAACUGCAAGAAUUACAAACCAAGAUGUCUUUGCAAGAUGUGAAACCUGAACUUAAUUUAAAGACACAGAUCCAUGCAGAAAUGGUGGGAAAAGAGAUAAGUGAAAGAAAGAUGGAUGACGAGAAGAUUAUACAGGCUAAGGACAGUAUACAGAAAGCGGAAACAAAUGGCCAUAUAGAAAAAGUGGAGGAUAUGUGCCAGAUACUGAGUGGAGGAGCAGAAGUACUGGCAGAAAAUUCAGAACUAAAGGUGGAUGUAGGUCUUCCCAGAGAGAAGACAAAAACAGAGUUCAUUACAGAAAAAGCAGGUGUUGAGGAACACAUAAAAGAAACAGAAGCACAUCUCUGUCCAGAAGAGAUGGCUGUAGAGUCAGAUGCAGAAAAGGUGGCAAAAGAAAUGGCCCUACCAAUGCCUGAAGUGAAAUCAGAAAUUCUCAAAGAGAAGAUGGAAUUAGAGCCCCCCACAGAAAAGUUAAAAACAGCAGCCAGUAAAGAAAAGGAAGACGUGAAGGUGCAUGUAAAAGUUGUCACAGAGAAGAUAGGUGCAGACAUUAAAGCCGAAGUUCCUACAGAGAAGACAAGUGCAAGGGUGGAAGCAGAAAUUUGUGCAGAGAAAGUCGAUGCAAAGGUGGAUGCGAAGUCUUCCACGGAGAAAGCAGAUGUGAUGCUAGAUGGAGAUAUAUUGACUCCAUCAAAGAGUACAGAUGAAAAUCUGAAGAAGGAACUGCCCUCAACAAGAACAGAUAUGGAACUCCUUGUAGAAAAAGUAGAUGCAGGCAUUGUCAAGAUAAAUGAAAUCGAGGUUCCUCCAGUGAAAGAAGAUAUAAGGCAUUCCACAGAAGAACCAGAAGUUGAAGCAUCCAUAGAAAAAGCAGAAGCUGAGACCCAACAAAAUAAAACAGAUGUAGGCCCCCUGUUAGAGGAGGCUGAUUUGGAGGUUAUUUCAGGGAAGGGACAAGCAAAGGUGUGUGAAAAAGAGUCAAAAGAAAUGGUAGAAGAAGGAGCCCCCGCCAAGCAGCCAGAACUAAAUGAGAUCAUACAAAAAGUGGAGAUGGAAGCCAUAGUUCAAACUGUGGUGAAAGAUGCAAUGGCUUAUUUGACAUGUGCUGAGGAUAUUGUCUCAGAGCAAGAAUCUGUGGUGAAUGAAAUGACUGAAGUUCCUAUUCAGGGAGAAACAAAAAGUGUUCCUAUUUCCUUAGAAUCAAAGAGUUCUGAGGCAUCUAUUACGGUGCAUUUAAAGAACAAAGGAGAAGAUGCUGCUCUUGCCCUAGAAGAGAUAUCAACAGAACAAAGUGCAACUCAGCAGCAAGGAGUAUUGGAAAUUUCAACACUUACUCAGGACAAAGUGGAUCACACCCAAAUUGUUGUAGCAGAUGCCAACCUUAAAUUGGAAUCACAAAUCACAGAGGGUAUUGAAGCUGAAGCUGGAAAAAGUAAUGACCUCAAAAACAACACAGUGAUGGAAUUAAAAAGUACCAAAGAAACUAUAACUGAUAUCCCUAUGCAGAUAGAAAACAUUACACUUCCUAUGAAAGAGGAAAAACCAUUAGAAUCCUUGGGCACCACUGCAUUGGAAGACUCUGUGCAGAAUGAAAAGAAAGGCAUCAUCAUUUCAGACUCAAAAGACAUGGCCCUUAACGUAAUUGAAGUAACUGGGGAUUCUUUGGAAAAAGAAGUAGCAGUUGAAACAGAAUCAGCAGGAACAAUAAUAAAUGAACCUGUAAGCACUGAAGUAGAUAGAGGCAUUCUUACCUCAGACUCUGGAAGUUUAAAAAGUCUUGCCUCAGAUGACAUUUUGGAAAAUGUAAGAAACAGUAAUUCAGCAGAGCCUACAGAAGUUUCAGAUAGUUGUCAGACAGGACAAGCACUGUCGGAGAAAACACCAGUGAUGGAAACAGAAAAAUCAUCAGAAAACAUUCAACUUGCUGGUGGGUAUGUACUUCAUGCAGCUCCAGUACAGCAAGAGAUUUUUGCUGAUCAACAGGAGGUUGUCACCAUGAACAUUCCAGAAGUGCAGAAUUACGCAACUCAUAAAUCUUCUGUAACGGUAACAGCAACAGAUCUUGAAGAGCAAGGCUGUACAGAAAAGGUUACGCUUACAGAAAGAUCUGCUGAAACCCCACAAGCUUUACUAGAAGCAACAACAGAAACGGCAUUCCAAGUUAUACAGCAAGUGAGUGUUGAUCACUUAGGACUUGGGGCUCCUGGUACUGAGACAGGAUCUGAGAAGACAAAUUCAGAAGCAGAAGAGCCAGUUUCAUCAACACCAAGUUCCACCAAAGUUGAUAUCCCCUCAAAAAGUGAGUUUGAGUCCAUUCCUGAAAUGAAGCUUCAAAAAUCAGAGACUAGUCAAGAAGAUGAAAAACCGGUGGCAUCACCAGCAAGCCGACCGUCUUUAACCCACAUAGAAUUUGAAAAAGAUGUUGUUCAGUCUGUAACUAUAGCGUCUGAAAGUACAAAAAUUAUACUGAAAAUCAUCCAGAAUGUUGUUGAUAAAUUGGAGAAAACAGAAGAGCCAGCACUGUCAUCACAAUCUGAACAGACUGAAACAUGUUCAUUGCAAGCAGACAAAUCUGAAAUCCAAGGAGAUUUACAGAAACAAGAAGCCUUCAAAGCAACAGAAGAAAUGCCUGUAAGUCCUGAUAAACCUGAAAUUGAAAGAAGUUCAAGUACCAGAAAGACAGCUUCUGAUCUUGAAGAAAUAAAACACACGUCACAGGCAGAUGAACAAUCACACACUUUGACAACACUAGUGGAAGACUCUGGAUCUAUGAGUGAAACUGUGAAAGAGAUAAUCAAAGAAAAAAGUUUGCAGAAAGAAAAUGGUGAACCGAAGUGUCAGUCUGCAGUGGAUACAGUUUUGCCCUCACAAUCUAAGAGAGCUGCUUUGGAAAGUGUUAUCACAGGACAUCUACCCAAAGAGUCACUUGAAGCAGAUCAACCAAAGCUCAAGGACAUGGAUGUGGGACAGGUCCAAGAACAAUUAAUACAGCAACAAAUGCCCCUGAAAACAAAAGAAGAACACAGCUCAUCAACCGGAUUUAUGGAGAUACACUCUGAGAUUGAUGUAAACAACCAGGACUGUGCAUCUCAUGAGAGUCCGCAGUUAAAACUAGAGCUCACAGAAUCCUGAGGCUUUAUUUGCAUGGAAAUCUGUGUCUUAUGCUUGAAGGGACUAGUUCCCAAAGAAGGCAUCAGAAGAAGAUGGGUUCCUCUGAACUGGCUGAAAAAUAAUGAUUUUGAUCAGUGAGAACAGACCACUGCUUCCUGGUGUUAUUCUAAGAAAGCCACCUGACAAUCCUGAAGUGCCGUCAGGAGCCUGAGUCACCUCCUUUUUCUUUUGAUCCCUAACACUUCCUUACUUCCUUUUUGCUUUUUGUUUUGUUUGGUGGUAGAGGGAUGGGUGUGGGUAGGCAGGAAGUGUUAUGUAUUGAUGAAAAUUACAUCCAUAACUUAACUUGGGAAAGAAGUCGCUGUUUUUUAAGCUUCCUCUUUUUAUCAAUGCUUCCAAAAACUGGAUUGUAAUUCUUCAUGUAUUUAUAUGUAUAUCUUCAAGCAAUAUCUGAUAUUCAUGUAUGUUUCCUCUAUAUGUGGACAGAAAGAAACUAUUUCUCAUCUUUCUUGCCCUAUAAUUGUAGGAAAAUACUGUGAGCGAGUGACAAAUAGCUACAGAUGGAUACUAAUACUCUUACAAAUGCUUUGUAUUGGAUCCACUGGAAGGAUGAGAGAACCAGUGCUUAAUACUGUAUUUGGCUUUACUUCCAUAAAAACUAUACCCAGAAGUCAUUGGAGCACUGAUGCCAACAUAUUCAUCUCUUUUCAUGUUCUGUAAGCAUGGUGCUGCUUCUGUUAUUUGUGUUGGAAACCUUUGGACUACAUUCAAGUAGAGAUUGGUGUGUGCUUAUACAGAAUAGUUAACAUUAGUUGGAUCCAGGUUACACCUUCCAUAGAUGUAAAGAUUCCUUGGGAGGGGGAUACUCUUUGUUAGUUUUCUCCUCCUACCGUCUUUUGUGCUCUCUCAAAAUAUAUUCCAGAGAGCAAAGCGAACGACACUGGAUAUUUUAGGGAAAGAGGAAUUGCAAAGUUAUCUGCCUCUUCCUUCUGUGAUUGAGAAACCAGCUGAAAAGAAGCUAGAUUCAACCCAGUGGUUCUUUAUCCUGCCUGAGUCUAUAUUUGAGUGCAGUUUUUAAGGCUGAGUCUUUUUUUAAAAAAGUCACCUGAGGGAAUGGGAGAAGUUUUACAGUCAAACAAAUAAGUGACCACAUCAGACUAUUCAUCAGCCUUGAGAUAUAAUUCAGUGAAAGAAAUUAUAUCACCCCUUAGGCAAAAUGGUGAGCUGUUUUUAACCUAUCAAGAAAAAUAUAAAAUGAUUCCAUUAAAAAGUUUAAUAUUUUGUUCCUGGACAAUACCUACAUACAAUGAGUUCUUUAAAAAAAGGUUUGAUGAGCAAAGGAUUAUGUCUACUCUGUGUUUUUAUCCCCUUGUUAGGAAAGAGUGUUUCAUUAUCCCUAUGUACAUUUAGUAAAUUGUGAUUUCUGAAAAGUGAUUUUAAUAAAAGACUUAGCUUAUACUUAGCUUUGCACUUUUAAUUAUUUUUUUAACAUAACAAGAAUUAGGGGGCUUUGAGCAAAGGCAAAGUUUCAAUAUAAAAUGGCAGUUAUUAGUACAGGUCAGUUUAGAUUGCUCAUAAUUCUGGGCAGGCUUGAAAUGCUAAAUAACUGAAUAGUAAUUUAAAAUGUUCAAAACAUUUAGUAUUUGAUCUUCUAGACACAAAGCAUGUCUAGCAGGUGAAGUUCUAUUGCACUUUUUGUCUCCACCUAUUCAGCUGAGCCUGUCACAUGGCCCAGCAGUUUUCUUGCCUUAUCUGUAUAGUAAUUUAUUUGAAAAUGAAGUGAAUGAACCAAAUGAAUAUCUUCUUUUAGGGGCUGCACCAUGAGUAAUGAAAGAAAAACAUCACUGAUGUGAUUGCACCAUCUACUGGUUGCUUUUCACAUUUUGUUGUUUUGGAUAACAUUUGGCUGACAUUUGUCUUCUCUCAAAUAAAAUAUAAAGAGAUGUGAGUUUCUUAAACUCAUAUUACAUAAUAUCUGAAACACCUUUGCUAAUAAAUUGCAGCUAUAAUAAAAUGCAACCUUUUUAGCAUAGUACAGUGUGCAGUUCUGUGAUGAAGUACCUGAUUUGUGAACAUCUCAAGUGAUUUUAAAAACCCUUUUGAACAGCUUGGUAACAGAGUUUCUUUGAACAUCAAGAAAAUAGAACAGUUUAAGAGAUUAAUUCAUUUUAUCAUAUAAAGUUGUGUUUUAAAAAUGUUUAAAAAAUCACAUGCUUAUAAGAAAAUAUAAGCCAUUUUCUUAGCACACGUUUACAACUAUUGUUUCCAUACCAUUGCUGAUUGGAAUUAUCAUUACAAAAGGUCACUAAAUUAUUUCGGUGUAAUUAUAGAAGUGUUUUCUUUUUAUGAGUUGUCAGAGUGGUAAGCAGAGUGAUAAGCAGGAGUAUUUUUCUGCUUUCAAAUUGAUCACUGAGGCCAGGUUAUUAGGACAAGAUUCAGAAUAGUAGUAAGAUCAGGAGGAAAGUGGUCUUUUUGCUUUAUGAGAAAUCACUGCUGGAGAUAGGAAGAGGAUACACCAAUGAUUAAUUGGCCAAGUAGUGAUUAUCACUGCUGGCACUUCCUCAGUUUCCUAAUGUCCACUGGGAUGGAUAUAUCUUCCCAUCACCUCUGUGUUCCUGUGUAGCAGCAGUGACAAAUUAUUACUUCCCACUUCACCAACUUAAUUGGCUGAUUUAAAGAGAAAACAAUUCUUUCAAUUGCAAGUCUGGCAACAGUAAGUAUUGCCUUACAAGGGUUCUCCAAAGUAGACUUCACCUUCACUACUCCAACUAUUUUGUGCAAUCUAGUAUUGAAAGCUUAAUUUACUCUGAUUAGGAUCAGGUUUUGAGGUCAUGUAAGAUAUGAUGGGUAGAAAAAAACUCAAAACUCCAUCCACUUGAAGAGUAGCUCACAAAGUCUCUUCUCUAUUACAACAUUUGAGCUGCUCAACAACAAAUAGAUUUCCAUGAAAAGCACUCAGUGUACAAGAAUUAGCAUAUGUCUCCUUCCGAGCACUUGUCCUGCCAUCAUAGUAUGAAUCAGUUUGUGAGAAAGUUCAGUGUGUUUAGUGCAAGUUGGAAACUUAGUAAGAAAUUUGGAGGUUAAAAUGUAGUGUAGUCUGCUUCUGCCCAAAACAUAGGGGGAAAUCACAGGUAGGAACUUGUUUGUGAAUCAGUUAGAAAUAUCUCAUGUGUGUGUCUAUAAUGUAAAAAUGUGAAAAGUUUUAGGAAUAUGUGUGUCCCACAAUGAUGUAGGAAAGCUUUUUUUUUCUUUCAUUCUUUCUAGAGGCAGCUUCCUGAUUUUGUCUAUAAACUUCAAAGUUUGUUCUGAUUGCCAAAUGUUAAGGUUGCUCACUUCACACAUUGCUCACUUGAGGCAGGUGUCAGACUAGUAAUAUGCAAUAGAGUCUUGCCUCUUUGCUUCAUCACUGACAUUAGGCAUAUUGUUGGCCCUGGCCAUGGACAUUUCUAUGUCAUCUUAUAGCCCUUUAUGGAGGAGAGUCCUGAAUGUGCGUUGCUGUGCCAUUAGGACCCCAGCAUCAGGACCCUUUUGGGGAGAUGUCUGUAUUUGUUGAGGCAUAGCCACCAGCUAACAUCUGAACUUCUGUAGGCAAGGCCUAUCAACAUGACUUAAAAGCCAAGAGGGCAGCCCUAGUAUCCAUUCCUUAUAUGAUUUCCAUGAGUCUGUUAUGUUUUUAUAACAAGUCUUUCAGAUUCAUGGGCUCUGCUCGUAUGUGACCCACCACUUUCAAAUUGCUCUCUUAACAGGUGCUCCAUACAAUUCCUUUUUGUGGCCUAGUGGACUCCAGCUGAAGGUUUAUCUUGUAUUUGGCAGCCAUAAAAUGUGAAUUUUAGAGCCCUGUUACACUGCUGACAUAUCAGUAUUUAUAUGAACUGUAAUCCGUGUGCAGAAAGCCAUAUUACAAUAGCUGCAACGAGCUAAAUAAUAGUACUGAUAAACAGAGAACAGCAUGGCUAUGUAAUCCUGGUUGUGAUCUUUAUAGCUCCAAGGCUGUUAAUAAAUAUGUAAAGUUAACUAAACGUCAUUUAAAUACAAUCUAGUAAUCACAAUGUAAAUUAUUAUUGGCUAGAAGUUGGAGAACAAGUACUUAGUUCUUUCUUUGUUUUUGUUUUUAAAAAAGUUUUGAUCCUAGGGCCUUUUGAAGCAAUGCAAACACAAAUCAAAUAACCAAUAUUCCUUCUUGUAACAGACCUGUUUCAAAAUAAAGGCACCAACAGAAUUGGUGCAAGGAGCAUGUCUCCAUUCACAGAUACUGCUUUAUUACAGUGUAUUGCUUUGGCCUCAGAAUACUCAGACAAUGCUGCAAAUGUUAGCUUGUGCCACAACUCCAAGCUUUUGCAGUUUCUUCUAAUCCAUUGUAUUGGAUUAACUGAUAUUUUGAUUUUCUAUGUUUUUAAGGUAGAUUUUCAUGGACUAAAUAAAAUACAAAGACAA